GGUGUAGAUCUCCUACAUACCCAUUGGCCCCCAAGCUCAUGGGAUUGCUGCAGAAAUGGAACUUGGGUCACUCUUGACAACUCUAAGCACAUCUUUGCUCAGUUUGAAAUUGCUGGGGGUGCCGUUGAGCAAAGGAAAGGACUCGUAAUAGGAGGAGCAGAAGUGGAAUCUGUUACAAUCUGGAGUGUCCUUUGCUUAAUGUCAAACGGUUACACGUUAAGCAGAAAAAUACUGUUUAAUUGCACUGGGAAGUGAAUACUCGGUGCUAGACGGCAUUCAUCUAAAUCUAAACAAUACUGAUUCCUCCCACAGUUCACAAAUACUAUGGUUGGUGGCUUGCUGUGGGGAAGAUCUGCAGUUCCACAGAAACCAUGGUGGGGACUUUGAGUGAGCUUCUACAAGAUACACAUGAAGUGUUAGAGAGAGAAGACUUGCAAGAAGAGAGCACAUUUGAGAAGCCCACAAUGCAGGACAUGAGAGCAACACCACUACAGAGGUCAAUGAAGGUGACUCUUCAAGACCUCAGAGCAAGAAGAGAGGCAAAAGAUCUUCAAGAAAAGAAACAGCCUCAAGUCAAGCAAGAGCAACAUGGUUUCAGAGAUCGCUUUGUAAAUUUACAUUUGCUGCGGCAGUUAAAAGACAGCAAACCACAGCAAGAUGGAGAUAUAAGUGACAGCAGGCAACUGCAGAAAAGAUUAAUGUAUCUUCAGAAAACCAAAGAUUUACAUGAACAAAGUAAAAAGGGUAAAGGACAAGUACAAGAAAACUGCCAAGACCACAGUGGUGUUCAGAGUGGACUUCAGAUAAAGCUGAAGGAGUUACAAGGGAAGCUGGAACAGAAGGAGAGAGAACAUGAAGAGGUUCAGCGCCAAGUAAAAGAAAUGAACAGUCUACAGGUACAAGUGGGUGGCACUGAUUUGGAGAAGCACAGGGACCUUUUGGUGUCUGAGAAUGAUCGACUGAGAAAGGAACUGCAGCUUUUGAACAGCCACUUAGGCACUGGAAAAAAACUAGAAGUUGAAGCCUUGAAGGAACGCCUGACUAGCAUGGAGCAACGGGAAACUGAGCAUAAGCUAUUAAUAUCAGCUCUGCAGAGAGAAGUCCAGCAGAAGGCAGAGCGUCUGGCAGAGGCAGAGCUGCGACUUAGGGAUUCAGCACGUGAGAGGGUGGAGGAAGAAGAGAGGCUUAACCGCAUGUUAAGAGAGUACCAACUCUGCAACCAACCCCAGAUUAAAUACAUGGUAAAAACAGUGGAGGUGGACUCUGCAAAGACAAAGGUAGCUUUUGGUCAGUUACAAAGUCGCAACGUGUAUCUGGAGGAACAAGUUGACCUGCAACGUGAAGCUUUGCAAAAGAUGCAACAACAAGUGCAGCUGGAUCAGCAGGAAGUAUCAAAGCUUCGGGCACAGGUGAAGCUGUAUGAUCUGGAGUUGGACAAGGCACAAGCGCAGAUGGUUCAGGAGUAUCAGUCUCUCCAGGUGGAGAAGGAACAAGCUGUGGCUGAGGCCUUUGAGAAAGCACAGGGAGAGAUGAGGGCAGUUCAUCAAAGUCUGGAUGGUGUGCGGAAAAAUCUUCUUACCUUGCAGCCAGCACUUCGAACUCUGACCCAUGACUACAAUGCAUUAAAGCGACAGGUGCGGGAUUUCCCUGCUCUACUAAAUGAGGCAAUGGGAGAGGCUCGGCUAGAGUUCUCACAGGCUGUUAAACAUGUCAGUGACGCAAAUGCUGAACUACUACACAAAUACAGGAAAGAACUGCAUCUGCGUAAAGAGUGCAACAACCAGCUGGUGCGGCUUCGAGGCAAUAUCCGUGUGUUUGCACGUGUGCGGCCAAUAACCACCGAGGAUGGAGUAGGCCCUGGGGCUGAGAACAUUGUAACCUUCGACCCAGAUGAUGAUGGUGUUUUAUAUGUAGCUCAAAAGGGAAAGGAGAUGAGCUUUGAACUUGACAAAAUCUUCACACCAUCUGCAACACAGGAAGAGGUAUUCAGAGAUGUUUCUCCUCUCAUUACCUCCUGUCUGGAUGGAUACAGUGUUUGCAUUUUGGCAUAUGGACAGACAGGAUCAGGGAAAACCUACAGCAUGGAGGGGAUUCCCUCUGAUCCUGGUAUAAAUCAACGAGCGCUACGUCUGCUUCUUUCUGAGGUGAAGGAAAGAUCAAGCUCCUGGGAGCAUGAACUUAGUGUCAGCAUGGUUGAGAUAUACAAUGAGAGUCUGCGAGACUUGCUGGGGUCGGAUCCUUCAAACUCUCUUGAGAUAAAGAUCUUACCAGGCAGUGUGGGAGAGCUCUAUGUUCCUAACCUGACACAAAGGCAAGUGCAGAGUAUGGAAGAUAUCAAUAAGAUUCUGGAGUUGGGACACAAACAGCGAGCCACAGAACACACCAAUCUCAACACCCACAGCUCCCGCUCCCACGCUCUGCUGAUCCUGACAGCUAAGGGGAGAGAGACGAGCACUGGUAUCUGUUCAACAGGAAAACUUUACCUAGUAGACCUAGCAGGUUCAGAGCGGGUUUCCCGAUCGGGUGCAGCAGGAGAACGCCUGCGGGAAGCUCAGUGCAUUAACCGCUCAUUGUCUGCCUUGGGAGAUGUGAUCUCAGCUUUACGCUCACAGCAGGGACAUAUUCCCUAUCGCAACUCUAAGCUUACCUACCUUCUACAAGAGCCGCUCAGUCGGGAAGGAAAGGCGUUACUUCUCCUUCAGGUCUCCCCUGCAGAGAAGAAUAUAAGCGAGUCCCUAUGUUCUUUAAGAUUUGGGGACAGAGUGCGGGCAGUUGAGUUGGGCGCACCCUCAAGAAAAAUUGAGCAGCCACCACCAAAUGCUGAAUUGGCAGAGAGUGAAAGUCCAGUAUUACGCAGCACUAAAGGCACCUCCCUGCGGAGGAAACCUCAGGGCUCAGUGCGGCAGAGGACAAGUCCCCCAUGACCAAAUUCAUAUCUGCACUGCCAUAUCCGUUUUUUGCCACCAUAAGAUGCUUGUCGACGUUUACAAAAGUCUUAGUACAUGAGAAACAGAGGAAUUAUCAUUGACUGGGAUUCCUGCCUUUAUUCUCUGCACAGGAUUGUGGGAAAUCACUUGAACCAAAUGCUGUGACUUAAUGGAGCCCAUAGACAGGACCACACACUGCACUUUAGUCAUCACAUACUUCUUAUGUACAAAUACUUACUGCUGCCUAAUUGUAGAUAUUCUUUAUUAAUAUAUUUGUACAUUUAUUUGCACCAUUUAUUACAUGUCAAUGUUUUCUUUUGUCUAUGUUAACAUUCCUAUUUUGAAUUAAGAAAUGGAGAUAUUUUAUAUAUAUAUACACCCUGUAUAUGGCUCUUACAUGAGAGGGCAGGAUAAAAAGCUCAGAAAUUGUAUAUGCAUAAGCUUAUAUGGAACUAAAGUAUGUCAUACUGCAA